AUGGAGAGGGCACAGGAGACCGGCAACAUGGGGGACCGGACAGGAACCAAGACCCGGUCUGGGUCUGAUGAACUCAUCUUCUUUGUUAAUGGGAAGAAGAUUGUUGAGAAGAACGCAGACCCUGAGAUGACCCUGCUGACAUAUCUGCGGAGAAAAUUGGGUCUAACAGGAACCAAGCUGGGCUGUGCUGAGGGCGGCUGUGGAGCCUGCACUGUAAUGCUGUCCAGAUACCAAACACACACUAAGCAGCUGCUUCAUUACGCCAUCAACGCCUGCCUGGCCCCUCUCUGCUCCCUGCACCUGGUGGCCGUGACGACUGUGGAGGGAAUCGGCAGCGUGGCGAGGAAGUUGCACCCUGUCCAGGAACGAAUUGCAAAGGCUCAUGGCUCUCAGUGCGGUUUCUGCACGCCAGGUAUCGUCAUGUCCAUGUACGCCCUGCUGAGGAACAAUCCCACACCUAAGAUGGCCGAUAUGGAGGAGGCUUUCCAAGGAAAUCUGUGUCGUUGUACUGGAUACAGGCCAAUACUGGAAGGAUACAAGACUUUCACUGUGGAAGCUACGUCUCUUUUUAACCCUGCAGAAUUUGCACCCUUUGACCCGACGCAGGAAGUCAUCUUUCCUCCUGAACUCAUGACUCUCUCUAAAGAUCGGAAGCCACAUUCGCUGUGUUUCCAUGGUGAGCGAAUGACAUGGCUGCAGCCUGACAGUCUGGAUGAGUUUCUGAAUCUGAAAUGGAAACAUCCAGAUGCCCGUGUGGUGGUGGGAAACACCGAAGUUGGUGUUGAAGUUAAGUUUAAGAACAUGGUUUACCCAGUCAUCCUAGCUCCAACCUUCAUUCCUGAACUGAGCGCAGUGACUCACACUGAAAAUGGGAUUGUGUUUGGUGCUGCAUGCACUCUCAGCCACAUGGCGGUGGUGCUGAGGCAGGCAGUGGAAAGUCUUCCUCCUCAUAAGACUGAGGUGUUCCUCGCUGUCCUGGAGCAGCUGCGCUGGUUUGCUGGAGUGCAGAUUCGUAAUGUAGCGGCUGUCGGUGGAAACAUCAUGACAGCCAGCCCCAUAUCGGACCUGAACCCGGUCUUUAUGGCAGCCGGCUGCAAGCUCACUCUGGUGGACAAAGAUGGAAGCCGUGAGGUUCAGAUGGAUGAUGGGUUCUUCACAGGUUACAGGAGGACAGCUCUGCGACCUCAGCAGAUCCUACUCUCAAUUCAUAUCCCAUACAGCAAAAAGACUCAGUUUGUGUCUGCCUACAAACAAUCCCCUCGCCGUGAGGAUGACAUCAGUAUCGUCACAGCAGCGAUGAGCGUCACCUUCACCCCUGGGACCGAUGUUGUUGAGAACCUGAGGCUGAGUUUUGGUGGCAUGGCACCGACCACAGUACUGGCUAAGAAGACGGCAAACAGACUGAUUGGAAGGCCGUGGGGAGAGGAGCUUCUAGAGGAGGCUUGCAACUCAAUGGCUGAGGAGAUGAGCCUGGAUCCGUCUGUGCCGGGUGGCAUGGUGACAUACCGAAGAACUUUAACUCUGAGCCUCUUCUACAAGUUCUACCUGACAGUGCUGCAGAAGCUCCGACUGCAGGGGCUAAAGGUGGCCGAGGUCACCUCCGAUUGUCUGAGUGCGACUGAAGUGUACCAUCCAGAGACGCCAUCCAGCGUUCAGAUCUACCAGGCCGUGGCAAAGGGGCAGAACCAGGAUGAUGUAGUGGGCCGUCCCAUAAUGCACCUGUCGGCCAUGAAGCAGGCGACAGGUGAGGCGGUUUACUGCGAUGACGUGCCGCUGUACAAGAACGAGCUCUACCUGUCACUCAUCACCAGCAGCAAGGCCCACGCUCGAAUAUUGUCUAUAGACACGUCAGGUGCUGAGCGUUGCCCUGGUGUCGUCUGCUUCCUGUUUGCUGAUGACAUCCCCGGCAGUAACACCGCCGGAUCUCUCAAAUUUGAUGAGACUGUCCUUGCUGACGGCGAGGUGACUUGUGUGGGUCAUAUCAUUGGUGCUGUGGUGGCCAAAACUCAGCUUCAAGCUCAGAGAGCCGCCAAAGCCGUGAGGAUCGAGUAUGAAGAGCGGCAGCCUGUCAUAACCAUACAGGAGGCCAUUGCUACCCAGUCCUUCUAUCAGCCAAUCAGAACCAUACAAAAGGGGGAUUUGGAGUUAGGGUUUAAACAUGCUGACCACAUCCUGGAGGGUGAGAUGCACAUCGGUGGUCAGGAGCAUUUCUACUUGGAGACAAAUGUUACUCUGGCUGUUCCCCGAGGAGAGGAUGGAGAGAUGGAGCUCUUUGUUUCCACCCAGGCACCCACCCAUACACAGUCUCUGGUGGCAAUGGCAUUGGGUGUCCCUGCAAACAGGGUGGUGGUCCGCGUGAAGAGGAUGGGCGGAGGUUUUGGAGGAAAAGAAUCGCGGACCACUUUGCUAUCCACUGUGGUUGCUGUGGCAGCAAAUAAACUGAAGAGGCCUGUCAGGUGUAUGUUGGACAGAGACGAGGACAUGCUAAUUACUGGAGGAAGACAUCCCUUCUAUGGUAAAUAUAAGGUUGGGUUUUUAAACAGUGGGAGAGUUGUUGCCCUGGAUGUGACGUACUAUGGUAAUGCUGGAAACUCCAUGGAUCUCUCUCAGGCAAUUGUGGAGCGAGCUCUGUUUCACAUGGAGAACUCAUAUAGAGUGCCAAAUAUACGUGGCCGAGGUUUCCUGUGCCGCACCAACCUGCCAUCCAACACCGCUUUCAGAGGCUUUGGAGGGCCACAGGGUAUGAUGGUGGCAGAGAGCUGGAUGACCGAUGUGGCUCAGAGUCUGGGGAAGUCGCCUGAGGAGGUUCGGCGGUUGAACUUGUAUAUGAAAGGUGAUUCAACUCCAUUUAAUCAAGUCCUGGACCAGAUCACCUUAGACCGCUGCUGGGAUGAAUGCAUGUCACGCUCUGGAUACCAGCAACGUCGAAUUGCCAUUGACCUCUACAACAGACAGAACCGAUGGACCAAACGGGGAAUUGCUGUUGUUCCUACCAAAUUUGGCAUCAGCUUCACUGCACUUUUCCUAAACCAGGCUGGAGCUCUGGUUCAUAUCUACACAGAUGGCUCAGUGUUGUUGACUCAUGGAGGGACUGAAAUGGGACAAGGACUUCACACCAAGAUGGUUCAGGUUGCCAGCAGAGUUCUGGGUAUCCCCUCCUCAAAGAUCCACAUAUCAGAGACCAGCACCAACACAGUUCCCAACACCAGUGCAACCGCUGCCUCUGCAUCCUCAGACCUCAAUGGUGCUGCCUUGAAGAAUGCCUGCGAGAUCCUGCUGAAACGUCUUGAGCCAUUCAAGGCCAAGAAUCCUAAUGGAACGUGGGAGGACUGGGUGAAAGCAGCUUACUUUGACAGAGUCAGCCUCAGUGCAAAUGGUUUUUAUAAGACUCCAAAUAUUGGUUAUGACUUUGAAACAAACUCAGGCAGAGCCUUCAGCUAUUUCUCCUACGGAGUGGCCUGUUCAGAGGUGGAGAUAGACUGUUUGACCGGAUCACAUAAGAACUUGAGUACCACCAUAGUGAUGGAUGUUGGCAACAGUCUCAACCCAGCUAUAGAUAUCGGGCAGGUUGAGGGAGCAUUCAUGCAGGGUCUGGGUCUCUUCACCCUGGAAGAGCUUCAUUAUUCACCCCAGGGAGUCCUCCUCACUCGGGGUCCUGGUUCUUAUAAAAUCCCUGCCUUCGGUGACAUUCCUACCCAGCUUACGGUCUCAUUGCUUCGUGAUGCUCCUAAUUACAAGGCCAUCUUUGCCUCCAAGGCUGUAGGUGAGCCUCCUCUCUUCUUGGCAUCUUCAGUUUUUUAUGCCAUCAAAGAUGCCAUCAGUGCUGCACGGGCAGAGUCAGGGAUUACCGGGCCAUUUAGAUUGGACAGCCCUGCUUCUGCCGAGAGGAUCCGCAAUGCCUGCAGUGACCGCUUCACUAAACUGUGUCCUCUGGCUGAAGCAGGAACCUUUAUCCCCUGGUCUGUUCAGGUGUAG